AUGAGCUUUCAACCGCUCCUGCCACGGCCAAUUGCAGUUCGGGAUGCCAACCUAGUCUGUCUGCGAUGCUGGCGGAAGCUUUCCCCAUUACACGUGCCGUCGCGCCAGCCGUUUUCCAGAAUUUCGUCACAUAGACAGGACGUGGUGGUAGCGUUAAGGAAGAGCCGGAACGCAUUCAGCAAGGACUAUUUCAGGGCCAAUCCGAUACUCAAGGCGAAAUUUUGGACUUCAGGCCAAGGACUGUGCGGCCCAAAUGCGUCGAUCAGACCUGAGGCGGUACAGCAGACAACGAAGCACAAUGAUGUCGCGCCCUCGACACAGCAGGCCGAGGAGCUGCCACAUAGACGGAGGAAGAAGGCAAAGGAGCAGCGGACGAGGGGGGACGACGCAGAAGCAGCAUAUCCCAUUGCUCUAGAUGCAUCGUCAAAGCUGGCAGCCAUAUCUUCCAGCCUGCCUCAACGCUCUGUGAAGCGCAUCUUCACUACCUACCUCUCGCUCUCGAAGCCCCGCCUCUCCUUUCUCGUCGUCCUGACCGCUACCGCUGCAUACUCGCUCUAUCCUGUACCCGGCCUGCUUGCACCUUCUGUCACAGAGACACCAUCACUCUCUACACUCACGCUGCUCUUCUUGACCUCUGGCACCGCGUUGUGCUCUGCGUCUGCGAAUGCCUUCAACAUGCUUAUGGAACCCAAGUUUGAUGCGCAGAUGAGCAGGACGCGGAAUCGCCCACUCGUACGAAAGCUCAUCAGCAUGCGAGGCGCCACCGUCUUCGCAGUCGCAUGUGGAAUCGUGGGUGUCGGUGCGCUUUACUACGGCGUGAAUCCGACCACGGCCUUUCUUGGCGCAGCCAACAUCCUUCUCUAUGCAGGAGUGUAUACGCCCAUGAAACGCAUGUCGGUGCUCAAUACAUGGGUUGGUGCCAUCGUCGGUGGCAUCCCCCCGCUGAUGGGUUGGACAGCUGCAGCAAGUCAAUACGCACACGAUGGCACAUGGGAGGAGCUUCUAUUUGGAGAGGACUCGGCUGGCGGCUGGCUGUGUGCUGCACUUCUAUUUGCCUGGCAAUUCCCACACUUCAACUCGUUGAGCUGGGCCAUUCGUGAGGAAUACAAGAAAGCUGGCUACCGUAUGCUGGCCUGGGUCAACCCUGCACAGAACGGACGGGUUGCGUUGCGAUAUGCGGUGCUCAUGUUCCCUGUUUGCAUUGGCCUGUCAUAUUGCGGUGUCACAGACUACAGCUUCAUAGCUACUAGUAGUGCCAUCAACGGCUGGAUGGCGCUGAAGGCAUGGGAAUUCUGGAGGGCAGAAGGUCAAAAGGGUACAGCAAGAGGCCUUUUUUGGGCCAGUGUGUGGCAUCUUCCCAUUGUCAUGGUACUUGCCAUGGCACAGAAGAAAGGCCUUGGAGAGCGGCUAUAUCGAAGCGUAUUUGGCUACGCCGAUAUUGACGAGAAUGAACUCUACUAUGAGGUAGGAGAAAACGAAGAAGAGCAGGAUCAUGCCUUGGUCGCCUCGGAUAGGAGCUAG